UCUUGGUCACUUGAGUAAUUUACUGGUAUUCCUAGGAUGAGGAUGAUCGGAUGUGAUGAAGUCAAUUUGCUGUAACUCCCUUUGUUCAUCAAUAUGCCCACUUCAACCAAUCUCAGUUUCUAUAAAGUUCAUCCUAAUGGGGAAGGGGGAUUAUGGAUGGCAUGGUUAUUAAAUUAUAUGGCUUAGCAACGACAAAAAUGAACAACUUUCAAUUUCCAUGUACAAUGUCUGUGCCACUGCACAGUAGCUAUAAAUGAGAUCACACCCCAAAGCAACAAUCUCAUGGUGUCUUGAGAUUUUGUCGUCUUAAAUGAACCUGUGGCUUCAAAAGCACUAUGUGAGACUCUACAAAAUGAUCACGGUGAUGCUAACCUCUGUGGUGACUGCACUACUAGGCACCUGCCUCUCAUUAGCCAUUCUAUCUUGCUCACCGUCAUGGCAGUCAUGGGAGCAUUCUUGUUAUCGUUUCAAUGUACAAAAUGAUACAGUGAACUGGGAUGAUGGCGUGUCAGCUUGUCAGGCCAUGGGAGGAAGGAUGGCUGUUCCACGCUCACUUGAUGAAAGUGAGUUCAUGAAGCAGAUGGCCCAAAGGGAGAAUAUUGAGGUUUUCUGGAUUGGGUGUGAUGACCGUGAAACAGGAACGUGGGAUUGUGGAGAGGUGGGUGAGCCAUCCUUACACUGGGGGCCUGGUCAACCAAACAACUUGGAAGGCAACCAACACUGUGUGGUAAUGCAAACCUCACACUCCACUGGAUAUUUGGGCGACGCUGUAUGUGGCAACAGAUAUCGGGCUCUGUGUAUCCGUCACCCUAGUGGUGGUUCUCCUUACACACAAUCCCUUCACUACUGCUUUGCCCGAGACACCAACGGACAGCUUCUCAACUCCUGCCUUCUCAAUCACGUCAUCAGAGAGUUUGUUACCAAGAGCAACCCAAGGUGUGCAGUAGCCUGCAUGAAGGAGCCUGCAUGUCGCUCCUUCAACAUCAAGCGCACUGACCAAGGACAAAGAAUCUGUCAACUCAAUGAUAUCACUCGGUACAACGACCCGGGUACCCUUCAAGUUACUGGCUCUCUCUGCAUCUAUGCACAAGAAUGCGACAACUAAAUCAGGCAAGAUUCCCUUCAAUGUCUUUCUGUUUUGAGAAGCAGUACUUACAUACCAAAGACAGAAAAAUCUGUCACCUCAAUAAUGUGACCCAUGUAUAAUGAUCCAGAAAAGUUUCAAGACAAUAAUUCUUUCUGCAUCUACGCCCAAGAAAGCAAUUGGUAAUACAUACAUGUAAUUUCACUUUUUAAGA